AAGACCAGCGCCUAAGCUCAAUAGGGCUUGUAUGCUCUGCGGGCUUGUGCAGUCAAUGAGUCAAUUCCGUAACGAAGGAUGCCCAAAUUGCGAGUCAGUUUUACAUUUCGCAGACAAUGACGACCUCGUUCGAGAGUGUACUUCGCCUACCUUUGAAGGGCUCGUUGCUACACAUGGAGAUCAGGGAUCAUGGGUGGCGAGAUGGCUUAGAAUUGAGAAUUUUGUGCCCGGACUAUAUGCUGUGCGGGUUAUCGGCAAAUUGCCUGACGAUGUGCGAGGCGACUUGCAGGCACAGGGCAUUGAAUACAGACCGCGCGAUGGAUCCAUCCAGGAUUAACCGUCGUAUAAACAUGAGAAAUUUUGAUGUACAUCUUAAGGUACGAGCUAUACGAUAGGUGGAUUCAUAUGAAGAACAGUUAUUUACAAUCACCUGCAAUUCUAUGACGAUAACGUCCCUGAUAAGCGCAAAGUGCGAACACAACCAUUUAGUGGUUGUCAAGCCUCCCAAGGAUGCAACAUUUCACUAGUGCCUCCUAUGGUGCCGUUUGGUUACAUAAUCGGGACAACCACAUGCUGUGAAAAUUUUCAACAAAAGGAAUUUUGUAUUGUAUAAAAAGAUCGCUAGAUCUCGAUUUUUUCAUACUUGUUACUUUAACUGUUAUCCUUAU